UCUCUCUCUCUCUCUCUCUCUCUUCUUCAUAUUCACCUACGCUCCCUUCAUUUCGCGUACCUCCUCAGACCGCAGUCAUGGGCAAACUUGUGGGCACUGCCCUUACAGCAGCAUGUCUGCUUGCCUCCGUUGCGCCAGCAGUAGGAGCCGCUGCGCCUGGCGUUGUCGGUUUCAACUUCGAAAAGCGUCGUGUAAAUGCUCAUGAGGCACCUCAUCUGGCUCGACGUCAGUCCAACACCGUGACGGCUGCUUUGACCAACGAAAUCCUCCUCUAUUUCAUCAACGUCACUGCCGGCACGCCUGGUCAACCCUUUUCUCUCCAGCUCGAUUCCGGUUCCUCAGACAUCUGGUUUCCUGCAGUCACUGCAACCAUUUGCGAGCAAGAUGCCAAAACAUACUGCCCCUUCGGCAUGUAUGACUAUAGCAAGUCAUCCACGUACGCCGACCCCGGUCUCCCCGAAUUCCAGAUCCAAUAUGUCGACGGCACCCAGAUUACGGGCGCCUACAUCUCUGACGUCCUGAACAUUGGAUCGACCAAGCUCACAAACAUGACAAUGGCUGCUGCUCUACAAGCCAAUACUAGAGGUAUUGGAAUCAUGGGCAUCGGCUUCGAUUCAGGUGAAGCAGCAGCUGCGCAAGGAGGAUUCACAUAUCCCAACGUGAUUAGUGUGAUGAAAGACCAAGGCCAUAUCAAUACGCUUUCUUAUUCUCUGUGGCUGGAUGAUCUGCAGUCUAACACCGGUUCCAUUCUCUUUGGUGGUGUCGAUACCAGCAAGUACCACGGCAGCAUUGUCGCACUUCCAAUUCAGCCAGACUCUCAAACCGGAGAUUUGACUUCUUUCACGGUUGCCUGGACAGGUCUGACUGUUAGCGGUGGUGGCCAAACAUCUGACAUGUCACCAAAAAGUGCCCAACCCGCAGUUCUUGACUCAGGUACCACGAAUACCUAUUUGCCCGACGAAAUCGCCAACAAUAUCUUUAAUGGUGUUGGAGUCCAGACCGAUCCAACCUACGGUAACGUUGUGCCUUGCAAGCUGGCCAACGACGAUCUGACCUUCUCCUUCGUUUUCGGCGGUAAAGGAGGCGCAGUCGUGAACGUGAGCUUGUCAGAAUUUGUAACGCCGCUCGUGACAAGCGACGGUUCCGUUCCCACCUUCAAGAACGGUGAUGAAGCAUGCACAUUCGCAAUCGACAGUGCCGGGCAAGACCCGAUCCUGUUCGGCGACUCUUUCCUCCGAAGCGCCUAUGUUGUCUACGAUCUCGAGAACAAGGAGGUUGGCCUUGCCCAGACCAACUUCGACGCCGGCAAGGCGAACGUCCAGGCUUUCCAGUCCAGCAGUGGCAUCCCAGAUGUUGCUUCGACCGCUUCUGGUGCGAGCGUCGCGCAGACUGCCACUGGCAUUCCUCAUCAAACCCUGGCUUCAGCUUCUGCAACUGGACAGAUCGGUGGUGCUGCUACCAGCAGAUCGGCAACAUUCAACCUUCAGCCAACUUCGGGAGCAACUGGCAGCUCGGGAGGAAGCAGCUCGAGUAGCAGCUCAGCAGCCAACGCGAACCUGCGAGCCUCACCAAUCGAGACCACCAGCAUUGUGGCUGCCGCUGUGGUUGCGGUCAGCUUUUUGCUCGGUGGUGGAUUUAUGCUGUUGUAGAGCGGUCAUUGUUAUUGCGGAAGUCCACAGCAGCUUGGACAAAGGGUGCUAGUACGGCAUUGUCAUUUUGGAUGUGGGUGGGCUGUACAGCGUUCUUGGUGCUGUGCGGAGGAGAGACUGGUUGGCUACAUUUGUGCAUAAUGAGCUGGCUUCCCGGACACAAGAUUGCGACGCUGUAAACUUAAAUGAUGAGCAUGAGUACAUAUAUUGAUUCACCUUCUUAA